AGUGGCUAUAUAUAUGCAAGAUAAUGUAGUGAACUAGGAAAAAGUUGCAUAGAGUUUCUAAUCUCUUAAUCUGAUAUAUAAAUAUAUUCUGUGUCUGUUAUAUCUGCUUCAAAAUGUCCGAGGUUGAAGGUAAGAUAGCACAACAACGAAACAGCAAUGCUCCACCAACUGGGAAAUGGACAACUGGUUUAUACGAUUGCUUUGACGACAAAGGAAAUUGUUGUUUUACGUUUUUCUGUCCUAGUUUCACCUUUGGUCGUAAUGCGGAAAUUAUAGACCAGGGAAGAACAUCUGCUACACGUGCAAGUUUGAUAUUUUUUGGGCUUGGCUGUUUGGGAUUGGGAUGCUUAUAUUCAUACAAAUUCAGAAUCAAGCUAAGAUCUCUCUACAACUUACCUGAAGAACCAUACUCAGAUUGCUUCGUUCACUAUUGUUGUUUAGUUUGUGCUAUUUGCCAAGAGCACAGGGAACUUAAAAACCGUGGACUUGACCCCUCAUUAGGUUGGAAGGCAAACGAGGAAAGAAUGAGAAAAGCUAACCUGGAAGCUCCACGUGUUGCAUCAGCCAUGACUCGUUAGAUAUUGAUCUCCUCAACUCUACCUUUCAUGGACACCUUACUUCUUUCUGCUUUUUUUGUUUCUCUCAAUCAUCUGUUUCUGCUUUUCCUUCAAAGUACUGUAUUUGGCUUUCUACUGUCUGAAGUGUUUCCUUGAUUGUGUUGUGUUAAUUGUUUCUUGUCUUGUGGGUAAAAUCAAAAGAAUAAUGUUAUUAAACACUUAUCUUUCGUGUAAAA